AUGACCCAAGUAAUAGGAUUUAAAUAUUACGAGGACUAUGUAAGUAUGACUAUGUAUCAUAUGCGUAAAUAUGACAAGGUAUUUGUGUUUACAGCAAGCCUAUAUCUUGGACGCGAACACACCAAUUUGACAGACUUCCAACUUACUUUUCCAAGCAAGGCCGUCACAAAUUACGUAAGCCUGGAUAUUCAAAGCUGUGCAGCACCGCUGACCGCCUUCACCGUGUGCUUGUGGUCAAAAAGCGCUAACAUUUCGGAUGGUGGAUGCCUUUUCAGCUACUCAGUGCCUGAAGUAGCCAACGAGAUUUUAAUUUGCGACUAUAUUGAAAGUUUCAUGUUUCUCAUUAAAAACGAUAGAAGAGAUAUAGAUGUGCCUCAUGGUGCAGACGUACUCCUACACAUAUGCACCUCUUGGGAGAACGCUGCUGGAUCGUGGAAAUUUUAUGUGAACGGCUCACUUCUGCAAAGUGGCGACGAUUUUCUGAUAGAUGAAGUGAUCCCGACUAAUGGUAUUGUUAUUCUGGGUCAAGAUCAAGAUGAUUAUGGUGGUGGAUUUGAGCAGGAUCAAAGCUUCCUCGGCCAAAUAUACGGGGUGAAUAUGUGGAAUAGAGAUCUGACGGAUGACGAAAUUUAUAGAUUGUCGAAAAAUUGUUCCCAUGGAGUCGGCCAUUUCAUGAGCUGGAGCGAUUUCUCAUCAGGUUUAAACGGAAAUGUGAGCCUUACAUCUCCAAUUACUUGCAACCCGUAAUUAAUGUGAUUUCCUGAGUACGCUUAAGUGUUUUUCUUGAAAAUGUCCACGAUGAUGUUGCAUGAACUUUCUUUAGCAAAUCACAUACAAGCACAACUUUAAAAUCACACGCUUCUAUGUC